GGUGUUGUUAUACACUGCAAUUUUAAAGAGAACAAGUUUGAUUUGAGGAAAUAGUGUCCAUCUGUACAGAACAUAUUCUGUACACUCUGUGCACACCGCACAUACGAGGCAAACAUGCUUAUUUUAACAAAUAGGAUAAAACUAUGUUCGCUGGCGUUCAACGCCGUACGAAUGUGCAGCAGUGGCGCUUCGGCCAAGAAACCUGUUGUAUAUUUCGACCUUGCUGCCGACAACGAGCCUCUGGGAAGGGUUACUUUCGAGCUGAAUGCCGAUGUUGUGCCUAAAACAGCAGAGAACUUCAGAGCACUAUGCACUGGGGAACAUGGGUUUGGAUAUAAGGGAUCCAUCUUCCAUAGAGUGAUUCCUCAGUUUAUGUGCCAGGGUGGGGAUUUCACUAACAACAAUGGCACUGGAGGUAAAUCCAUCUAUGGAUGGAAGUUUCCAGAUGAGAACUUCAAGCUGAAGCACACCGGUCCCGGUAUCUUGUCCAUGGCAAAUGCGGGUGCAAACACCAAUGGGUCACAGUUCUUCAUCUGCACCGAGAAAACAGAGUGGCUGGAUGGCAAGCACGUGGUGUUUGGGAGUGUGAAGGAAGGCCUGGACGUGGUGAGGAGGGUGGAGGCCUUUGGUUCCAGGUCCGGACGGACCUCCAAGCGGAUCUUGGUCUCGGACUGCGGAGAGCUGAAGUAGAGUAGAGACUCUGCUCUCUACUCUGUCCACUCUCUUCAAUGUGAUUUGAGCCAUAUUAACACUGUCCUUUACAGAUGGUACGGAUUAUCAUCUGUGAGGAACUAGAGUUUAUAUCUGUUUCAUUGUAUGGCAGGGAUAGGGCUUUGGCCCUUUUUUAUGGCACAUCACACUCGUUAAAAGUGUUCCAUGGGUAGAUAUCAUGGGUAAUGUGAACUUAUAUCAUGGGUAAUGUGAACAAAAUAUAACGUUUACAAUGAUCCAUGCAUUGAGUAACAUGUGACAGUGUUGCUCCUGAAUGCUAUGCAGUAAACGGCAUUGAAUGAUUCCCAUUUCAAACUUGUGUGUGUGUUUUUAGUUUCUAUCUGGUUUGAAACAAUAACUGUGAUUAAAAACAAUAUGUUGAGUAGAAUUACCGUAACCACUGGAGGCGGAAGCCGAGCAGUUUUCGACAUAGUCUGUGCUGUAUUCCCAAUGCUGCGAAAGGUGAACACGGCCGUAACGUUGUGUGCUUCCAGCCCCUCUUCCUGUUUAAAUUGGGAGGUUAAUCUCAAAUCUCACCUCAAAGGGCAAUCUCUGGUCAUAGUCUGUUUGGGUUUUCUUGCCAGAGAGAUAGAGCGGCAUUCUGAGGAGUUUUUGCACUCCCUGUUACAACCGUGACUGAUCUCUUGGAGAUCUGCUCUAGUUUGUUCUUUUGAAUGAUUUUGUUCAUCUCAAGUAAUACCACAUCUACUGCCACAAUAAAGUUGCAACUGGACCCAA